AUGGGGUGGUUGGAAACCGGUUCGGACACCUGCGUGAUGUCAUGGGAUAGAUGGGAUUUAUCCGAGGGGAAACGAUGGGCCCGUGUGGAAGCCGUCACGGGGCCUUGGCACAACCAAGGGUGUGACAAUGCCCUCCCCUUUAAAGGCAUAGUCCCGAUGCCUCAAGAUUACCGGAUUGGGAAUUAUCUUUGUUGUGUAGCAACGGUUGCCAACCGCUUUGGCAGCGCGCGCGCUGCGCGGCAUAAAGGAAUGGGGGGUAAAAAACGUUUACGGGGGGCAGCUGCGGCCUCUGUCGCGCCCAAAAGGCCCAGGUUGGAGGCGGAGGCGGAGACCCCUACCAGCUGGGGGGGUUCUGCUCCUCCCCCCCUGCCGCUGUCACCCCAACGCCCCCCCCGCCAAUCAACAGGGCGAUGUAUGACCCCCGCAUGGUCGUUCGGAGAGAACCUCAGGGAGAGCUUGGUGCCAAAGCAGUACAGGGCCAAAGUUGUGGAUCUCCAGGCGUUGGCGGAUUCCGUCCGUUCUGGGGAGGUUCCCAAGGCCCGUCUGGAGAAGGAGGCGAAAGCGUGGGUCUCCGAGGUGGAAAAACACUUCAGAAUGGCCGGCCCUAAGAAGAAGGGGUCGGCCGGCGCCGCCGUUGGAAGCGCCACGGAGACAAAUCGUUUGUUGGAGAGGAUCUCGCUCCAAUUGGAGCAGGUGACUGAGGUGCUUUGCAAAUUGGCAAAGGUGCCGGUGCCAGGGACUCCGUCGGUGGAGGAGGAGUUCGGUGGGGGUGAGGUGGUGGAAGAAUGA